AUGGCGUUCGAAGAAGAUGAUGAGCUCCUGUCCGGCCGCUCUGGCGGUGAAGAAGAAGGCCAACCUCGGUCCAAAAAGAGACGUACAAACUCGAAUGCGAACGGUUGCGAUACGGACGGACCAGCCUGCCAAUCAUGUCGCAAGAAGAAAGCGCGCUGUUCCAGGCGGCAGCCAUGCUCGGCUUGCGUACGAUACAGUGUUGAGUGCGUGUAUGAUGACAAGAGAUCAAAACCGGGACUACGUACGGGGGCCGUCGAAAAUUUAAGUCAGCGAGUUGCCACUCUUGAGAACAUGUUCCUUGGUCAGGGGGUUUUGUGGCAACAGGUCUUCAAUACUUUGAGCGCCACCGUAAAUCCCAAUGCCCCGAGCCCAAGUCAUGAUGGGUCUUCAAACCCAUCACUUAAUGAGACAACUGCUUCAUUGAAAAAUACGCUUGCGACGCUCGCCGAGGGUGGACAGUCGGCAAUGGCUACUCUAGCUGCUUGUCGGCCUAUGAACACCAUCAUACAGAAGGCACCACCCGGUAAAGCUGCGCCGGCCAUCAUCAACUUUGAUUCCGUCUCUGACGAUACUUUGCUUCCUCCCGCUGACCUCAUGGACACUCUUGUUGGUAUCUAUUUUUCCAACAUACAUCCUUGGAUCCCAAUGCUUCAUGUUCGUCAGUUUAGAGAACGUAUGCAGGACCCCGAACAGCGAUCGAAGCUUAGCACAAUAUUCCACGCCGUGAUAUCGCUUUGCGCAAGAUUUUCAGAUGACUCUCGCCUUGGGUCACCCGAAGAAAAGACCCGGUAUGCCAAACGAUGCCGUCAGUUCGUCAUUCUUAACAGCAUGGACUCUUUCUCGGUGGAGAACUUACAAGCGUUAACCAUCAUCGCGUUUGACACGAUUGGUAGUGGAAGAGGUCCUUCUGCAUGGUCCAUUGUGGGUAGCAUGACCCGAACCGUUGAGCAACUACAACUUAGUGUUGAAGACGAAGACCAGCCCCCAGCUUCGAAACAUCUCAUCAAGAGGAUGGAGUUCCUACGGCCUUGUCGGUCUUGGAGUGAAAGAGAAGAGAGACGCAGAGUAUUCUGGAAUAUAUUCCUGAUGGACCGAUUUUGCAGCAUCGCCACCGGAUGGAACUUUUCAUUGACCAGUGCAGACGUCAAAAGGCGACUCCCGUGCGAAGGCGCUCUCUGGGAAGCUGGGGAGCCCCUCCAGACCCCGACGCCAUAUUUUGGCGUCGCCGAUCAGUCUAGUGGCUCCAGCGGAGCGCUCCCUGCCGCUCGGCCGGAGGAAGCUGCGCAAGAUUCACUGGGAGGCUUCGCAUAUUGUAUCGAAGCUACCGAAAGUCUUAGCCUGGUCACCUCCUUUUUUCUUCAACAGGCAAUCGACGUCUCAAACCCACACGAAAUCCAAGUCUGGCUGAUGAAGUUUAAGCAGCUUGAUCUGCGUUUAGUACACAGAUGGAAAAUAUUCUUGCCUGAGCAAUGGCGAGAGGCCUGCGUUCUCAACAGUGACGGAAUCAUGGAUCCUAACCUCACAUUGGCACACAUCACACACAACACCUCGGUGGUUCUACUUCACCAGGGUAUCGCUUACCCGCUCCCUGAAUGGCAAAACACCCGUAUACGGCUACCGUCUGGCUCAAGUUCAGAGACGUGUCUCGCAGCGGCAACGGAGGUCGCCAUAAUAGCCGAGAAGUUUCUACAAGACUCACAACACGUAGUCAGCCCGCAGUUUGCCUUCUGCCUCUUUAUAUGCGGACGAAUGUUCUUGGCUCAUUCACUAUACUAUAGCGUGACUCUUCCAGGCGGUUUUGACUCAUUGGUGGGCAGCCUGAGGAGUAUCGCCAAGAGGUGGAAUGGACCGGGCGAUCCGUCUGAAAAUCUGGCUUCAAAGUUCGCCCGUAGGCUUGUCCAGGCACGCCAACAAGGUCACGGGAUGCUAGAUAUCAGGCAGGCGGUAUACUCCGAUGAUCCCCCUGAGGCACCUUCUCACAUUACUGAGAACAAUCCCAAAACUCCUGGUGUAGCUCGCCCCGGCCCAAACCAUCAGAGUAGCGGGUUUUCUCCGAGCCGACCGGUAGGGCAGGACGCUGCGUUUAUGGGAAACUUUGGUGCCCCUGGUAUGGAUUUUGAACAAGAAGCUUCGCCAGAUAGCAUAUCUUUGGCGUUUCCGCCACUCCCGUUAGCAUUCCAUGCCCAGAACUCUAGCAGAGGUCCGACUGCCAUGCCAUCACCGGUACCGGGAGCAGCACAACCUUCACAUUUAAGUGGCUAUGAUCAGUAUGGUGUUGGUGUUCCUAAUGGGCAUUCGGUUGGGGCACAUCCGGCUGAUGACUUCGAGGAUCUAAAUGCUUACCUGGACUAUUCCUUCCUGCCAAAUCAGCGAAUUAGCAUGUUUUCAGGGACUACUGAAAAGGAUUGA